AUUUAACGGUGCUGCGCAACACAGCGACAGGAGAAUACCGAUUUCUGUCCACUUAGGCCUUUUUCUUUUCUUUUCUUUCUCUCGGCUGUGUUUCUCGUCAGCUGCUUGAUUAAGUGGGGACCAAAAACAAACCUAAAACAAUAUUUUUUUCGUCCGAGAUGACACCGUGUUUGUUCAGUGCGGUGAAAUGAGGCAGGGGGCGGACAGUCGCCAAAGAGACGCUGGGCUCCGGCCAAACAUUUCCGCAUGUCCGAUUUGCGUCGCAUUGCAUUUCAUGCAUCAUCUUCUCUAGUCGUUAUAUUUAUAUAUUUUUUCAUCUGUGUGCAAAGUGCACGGUGGAUGGAAGAUGCAGCUGCUUUGAGGACAACCCCCCUCCUUUCCCCCUCCUCCUCCUCCUCCUCCUCGGUACAUCCAUCGCUGCCAUGACAGGCGGAGGUCUGCGCCCCACCGCGGCUCGGCCGGCUGGAGAAGAGGCGGAUUGAUUCGGGCCGGUGGAUCUGUCCUGCGGAUGUCAAACGUGUGAAAACGUUGCUCGGCCACCGCGAUUGUCACUCAGGGAAGAACGCCAACAUGUCCUCUCGAUCUGCAUUACCGUCUGGUAACGACAGGAGCACCGGAGACCACCAUGUGUUGCUGGGGGCCAGCCGUGCAGACAAGGCUACAAGUCAGUCCAGUCGUUCUCUCGGCGCUCGGUGCAGGAACUCAAUCGCCUCCUGCUCUGACGAGCAGCCACACAUCGGCAACUAUCGUUUACUCAAGACCAUCGGCAAAGGAAACUUUGCCAAGGUCAAGUUGGCACGCCACAUCCUGACGGGCAAAGAGGUUGCAAUAAAAAUCAUAGACAAAACUCAGUUGAAUCCAACCAGCCUACAGAAGCUAUUUCGAGAGGUACGAAUAAUGAAAGGCUUGAAUCACCCCAACAUAGUGCAGCUGUUCGAGGUGAUUGAGACGGAUAAAACUCUUUACCUUAUCAUGGAAUACGCCAGCGGAGGUGAAGUGUUUGACUACCUCGUUUCGCAUGGAAGAAUGAAGGAGGUUGAAGCCAGAGCCAAAUUUCGACAGAUAGUUUCUGCUGUCCACUAUUGCCACACAAAGAAUAUUGUCCACAGAGAUUUGAAGGCGGAGAACCUCCUGCUGGAUGCCGACGCCAAUAUCAAGAUUGCCGAUUUCGGUUUCAGCAAUGAGUUCACUCUGGGCAACAAGCUGGACACGUUCUGUGGCUCACCGCCCUACGCUGCCCCCGAGCUUUUUCAGGGGAAGAAGUAUGACGGACCGGAGGUGGAUGUGUGGAGUCUCGGAGUUAUCCUGUACACGCUGGUCAGCGGCUCCCUGCCUUUUGAUGGCCAGAACCUAAAGGAGCUGAGGGAGCGUGUGCUGAGGGGAAAGUACCGUGUGCCCUUUUACAUGUCCACAGACUGUGAAGGCAUCCUUCGCCGAUUCCUGGUGCUCAAUCCCUCCAAACGCUGCACCCUAGAGCAAGUCAUGAAGGACAAGUGGAUAAAUUCAGGGUAUGAGGGUGAGGACCUAAAGCCCCAUAUAGAACCCGUUGAGGACUACAGCGACGCCGCCCGCAUCGAGGUGAUGGUCGGCAUGGGCUUCACCCCUGAGGAAAUCAAGGACUCUCUGCUCAAUCAGAAAUACAAUGAAGUCACAGCCACAUACUUACUGCUGGGCCGCAAAGGCGAUGAGGGCAGCGAGGCCCGUUCAGCCAGUACGCUGUCCUUGGCAAGAGUGAGACCCAGUCCUAUUACCAACGGAACCAACAAACACUCUUCAACAACUGGCUCCUCAUCCUCUUCCACAUCCUCCUCACAUAGCAAGACACAGCGCAGUGCCUCCACUUACCACCGGCAGCGACGACAUAGCGACUUCUGCGGCCCCUCCAUGCCCGUCAUGCACCCCAAACGGAGCCCCACGAGCACAGGCGAGAGAGAGCUGCGAGAGGGACGAAUGCCUUCACGUAAAGCUAGUUGCAGCGUGAUGGGAAGCCACAGCCUCCCUCCGUCCAGCCCGAUGGUCAGCAGCGCCAACAACCCCAACAAGUCAGAGAUCCCAGACCGCCGCAAAGACAUGACCGCCACCACAAACAACAUCCCUGGAAGUGCCAUGACCCGCCGGAAUACAUACGUUUGCACGGAUCGUUCAGGUGCUGACAGACACUCUCUCCUGCAGAAUGGCAAAGACAACAGCUCUUUGAGCCACCGCUUGCCUGCAGCCUCUCCCUCCACACUCAGCAUUUCCGGGGCCGGAGCUGCAUCUUCCUCCUCUUCUUCAGACCGGUGCCGCCUGACCCGGGGUUCCACAAUCCGCAGUACCUUUCACGGGGGGCAGCUGAGGGACCGUGGCCCUCCCAUCUACUCGGCUCCGCCCACUUCACCCACCCUGUCCCACCAUGAUGCCAGCCCGUUGCCCCAUGCUCGCACCAGGGCGACGUCCAACCUCUUCACCAAGCUGACCUCCAAACUCACUCGCAGGGUCACAAAUGAAUCUGAGGGAAUCAGGAGAUUUGCGGUCACAAGUUGCCAUCUACCUGGGUAUCAAAAAGCGCCCGAGUCCCGGGCCGUCGGACGUGGCUGGGAUCUGAGAGGAAGUGGGCGACGGGACCCUGCGGAGGUGGUACUUGCUCUGCGGGAGGCAGCGCUCGGAUGUGGCUGCCAGGUACACCACGCCGGCCCUUUUCUGCUGUCCUGCACCCAUGGCGCGGCGGGGGGCUGCGUGGCUUUCGAGGCGGAGGUGUGCCACCUUUCCACGGGCGCCUCCGGGACUUCUAACGGUGUGCGCUACACGCGACUCUGGGGGGCACCUCUAGCUUUUCGGGACGUCGCCACUCAAAUAUCCAAGGAUCUUGAACUUUAAACGGAGGGUGUAUGUGUGCGUGUGCGUGUGUGAGUGUUUGUGUCUGUGUGAUUGUGAAAAGGCAAGGGGGUUGGACAAUUUUGAAAUAGUGGCGCAGACGGGGCAAGGGGCUGGACCCAAAAGAAAAGACUUACUGUCUCGUUCACCACGAACCCACACACAGACGCGCACACAGACCAGACCCUUAAAGACACACAAACACACACACUGAGGCGCCCCUCCAACCCUAUUCGCCCCCGCACCACCCCCUUCAUCACCUAGUUACCCUACAAAGCUCAGCCAUCCUCGCUGAGACGCUUUCACCCACUGGACCUGGAUCUGACUGAAUCUAGUUAAAUAUUUUUUACUACUACUCUAGCCAUAAUAAUAAUAUUUUGAUUUUUUUAAAUUUAUUGCUCUGAUGGUUGUUUUUAUCCGCUGUUAUUUUUAAUAGUGAAGAAAAACAUUCAUUUCUUGUGUUGACCUGACUAUACCAUACACUCUUUUUUUUAACCCAUAAGAACCGAGACCCAUUUGUGCUUCAAGUAAAAGUAUAUUUGAAAUAUGCCACAUAACAAGUGGAACAUGACACAUUUGUGUACUUUGUGUUGACGCAAAUAACAUUUAUCAUUUAUUUACAGCUUAAGACGACCAACUCAUCAAGUCCUUGGCCACCAUGUUUUUCUUAUUAUCAAAAAGUCGACAUACAGUGUUCCCUCACCACGCUGCGGUUAACUAACUACGGUCUCAGUGCAUUGCGUAUUAUAAAAUUGUAAAUAGGUAUUUUUAUAUUUUUAUUGUAUUAUUUUACGGCGCCAGCUCAAGCUAUCUUGCCCACGUGAAAUCGUACACGGCGCAUUAUUGUCUGAUGGAGACCGACCACAGCACUGUGUUCUGUAUAUCCUCACACUACUGGCUGAUGGCGACCAACCAUAGCACUGUGUUGGAUUCUGAUUGGCUCAGUAACUGUUGCAUCAAUCUCCUCCGUUAGCAGUGUUGCUUCGUCGUGCUUUUGUGAAAUUUCACUGAAAAAUGUUUUUUGUUUCCCUUCGAUGUCGCCCAAGCUUUGGCCAGCUUGGCUGCCAUUGGCCUAAAUUAGGUUUAAUGGAUCAAUCUUCAAUUCCUUACAUAAAGGAGAAAAAAAGACACGCAAGGACGACAGCAGUCAGUCUGUCUUAUAGCAAGACUGCAAUGAGGGUGUUAAAUUAAGGCCAUUAUUCAUUCAUCAUCAGCUAACUAUCAUCGACCUUUACCGGUGACUUCCAUAGAGAAUGUCUAUGUUAAAAUCGUGUCGGUUAAAAAGUGGUAAAAAUGGUGUGGCAAAGGGUAUUUACAGUGUGAGAAAGAUUUGUAAGAGGGUGUGUAAGGGUUUAUGAAGACCUAAAAUGCAAACAGUAUUAAUAUCAAUCAUGGCAUCUUCUAUUUUGCAUAAAUUGACCUACCACAUGGAGGUCUGGAACGUAACUCCCGCUAUAAUCAAGGGAACACUGUACAUGGUUUGACCGCUUUUUGUCAACAUAAAAUUUUAGCUCUAAAGUAGAGAUGUCCGAUAAUAUCGGCCUGCCGAUAUUAUCGGCCGAUAAAUGCUUUAAAAUGUAAUAUCGGAAAUUAUCGGUAUCGUUUUUUUUAUAAUCGGUAUCGUUUUUUUUUUGUUUUUUUUGUUUUUUAUUAAAUCAACAUAAAAAACACAAGAUACACUUACAAUUAGUGCACCAACCCAAAAAAAACUCCCUCCCCCAUUUACACUCAUUCACACAAAAGGGUUGUUUAUUUCUGUUAUUAAUAUUCUGGUUCCUACAUUUUAUAUCAACAUAUAUCAAUACAGUCUGCAAGGGAUACAGUCCGUAAGCACACAUGAUUGUGCAUGCUGCUGGUCCACUAAUAGUACUAACCUUUAACAGUUAAUUUUACUAAUUUUCAUUAAUUACUAGUUUCUAUGUAACUGUUUUUAUAUUGUUUUACUUUCUUUUGUAUUCAAGAAAUUUUUUUUAAUUUAUUUAUCUUAUUUUAUUUUAUUUUAAAAAACAACAACCUUAUCUUCACCAUACCUGGUUGUCCAAAUUAGGCAUAAUAAUGUGUUAAUUCCACGACUGUAUAUAUCGAUAUCGGUUGAUAUCGGUAUCGGUAAUUAAAGAGUUGGACAAUAUCGGAAUAUCGGAUAUCGGCAAAAAGCCAUUAUCGGACAUCCCUACUCUAAAGGGUUCAUUUUUUUAAAUAAAUGGGUCAUUUAUUGUCGCUAUUUGUUGUAGUAUUGAUGCCAUCAUUAAGCAGUGUGAAAUAACUACUCUGUAGUUUACACAGCGCUAAAAAGUGCACACCGUGACUUCCUAUAAUUACUAAUAAUUAUUUUAGAUUGUUAGCUCCCGAAAGAAAUAUUUGCACACGUACAAAACCGUUAUUCUCAUUGUAGUCAAAGAGUACAAAAAAUUACUACAGCACUUCUGUUAAAAUAUCUGAAAAUGCAAGAAUCUUGAUAAAAAUAUGCACAAAGGGAAGAAAACCAUGUCAAAAAGGUUUAAAAAUCCUUUAUUAUUGCCCAUCUCAUUAUGUGUCUGGACAAAGUCACGCGUAAUUGUGAACGCAAUUGCUAGUUUUGGUUUCAGUCAGAAGCCAGUCUGCGGAGCGUCAACAUAAUCGGGUGCCACUGUAUCAACUCAAAAUAAUUUGAACAGCAAAAUGUAUUGACUGUCUUAUUAGCAUUUUUGCUUUCCAUUGCAUAUUUUCCUAGCUUGUUUUAUAACAAUUUAUUGGGUAAAUAUUGUAAGAAAAGUUGAAUUGUAAUAUUUGACACCCUAUUAAAGCGUUGUUAAUUGGCUUUAAAGUGAUCUUUAAUGGCAAAAAGUAGGUUUUUGGAAAUAAGAUAGUAGAGUGAGCUUAGUCGAGCACAAUGCUGCGUAGAGUGCAUUUAAGGACAUUUAAAGUGUUGGUGACAUGGGCUCUUAUGGGUUAAAAUAUUCAUGUCUGUCCAUCUUUACAUAUACACCAUUCUAUUUUUCAUUCACUUUUACGGUAGACAUGACAUGUAGGGAUGUGGAGCUGACCAUGUGUCGGAAAGUCAUCAGGGUUGCAUUGUUUUGCUGAGUUAGUCUACAUCGCUCUGUACGUCAGUGACUACUGCACUGGAUUAAGGUCAAUGGGAGCAGGGUUGACCGGUCAAAGACUAACUAACACUAAAUGAGUCUGUGACAUCUUCGGCUUAACGAACUGGCGUGUGCGCUUUAGCCGAUUGGUCCAUGUAGAAAAUACAUGAAACGAACCCAAAAGGGUAGUGUGAGUGCAGUUUAUUGUAGGACAUAUCACAAUGCAUUACAUGCAUAAGUUCAUAUCCACCUUUAAGGGAACACAAAAGCUUGAAAUAUUCGAACACUGGCCGCGGACUUGUUUUUGUUGAAUGGAUGUCGUUUAGCUGAAAAGGGCAGAGAAAAAUUGGCAGCCAUGUGUUAAAUAGUAUACGCUUUUAUCAUUAGUGGUACAAGUUUCAAAAAAAUCUAUUCAUAACCUUCUCAAUUUUUUCGAAAAGGAGUAGGAAGGAGCAAAGCUGAUUUAAUCCUACCCAAUUUUCCAUACCUCAGCAAUUUACUGAUAGACUGUGUAUGCAAAGGCCGUGAAUGUGGGAUAAAUACAUUUACAAAUAAGUAAGUAGGCCAUUUCACCGAAUCGGUGCCAUUAGCUUGUUGUAAUGGUCUCAAAACAAAUGUGAAUUUCUGGGAUUUUUCCACUCUAAAAAUCUACUCAAAACAACUUUUAUUGGACCUUUGACGUGGUUCCGAAGCCGACGAUGGCUCAUUUAAGGGGUCAUGUUAUGAUAGUUUUUUAGGUUCACAUAACAUGUAAUGGUGGUUCUUUAGUCAAAAUUCUGCAUAGAUCAUGGUUUACAGAUCAUCUUCCAACUGCUGUCUGACUGUCCUUUAAAGGAGCCAUAUGUAAUAAUGUGACCAGAAAUGGUACGGUAAUCAUGGUCAAAAUUCUGUAGUAC